GCGGCGGGAGUUCAGUGCGAGCCCUCAGUGCGAGCCCUCAGUGCGGGCCAUGGCGGCAGCGGGCGCGGCCGGGCGAGCGGCGGGGCUGGCGGCGGGGCUGGCGGGGCUGGCGGCGCGGCCGCUCGGCGCGGCGGAGCCGCUGUCGCUGGGCUCGCUGCGGGGGAAGGUGCUGCUGGUGGUGAACGUGGCGUCGCUCUGAGGCACGACCACCCGCGACUACCUGCAGCUCAACGAGCUGCAGCAGCGCUACGGGCCCCGCGGGCUCCAGGUGCUCGGCUUCCCCUGCAACCAGUUCGGCCACCAGGAAAAUGGCACCAACGAUGAGAUCCUGCCCAUGCUGGAGCACGUUCGUCCUGGCAACGGGUUCAAGCCCAAUUUCAUCAUGUUCGAGAAGUGCGAGGUGAACGGGAAGGACGCGCACCCGCUCUUCACGUUCCUGAAAGAGGCGCUGCCCUUCCCGCACGACGACCCCUCCUCGCUGAUGACCAACCCGCAGUACAUCAUCUGGUCCCCGGUCUGCCGCAACGACAUCGCCUGGAACUUCGAGAAGUUCCUCAUCGGCCCCGACGGGGUGCCCUUCAAACGCUACAGCCGGCGUUUCGAAACCAUCAAGAUCCAGGACGACAUCGAGUUGCUUCUGCAGAAGGCUCCCUAGAAAGUCCUCUGCCCAUUCCCCUCACUCCCUGCUCCCCUCGCUGUGCACCUGCUUGUUUUUCUCGCAGGGAGCUGCUGCUCUGGUGGAAAUCCCAAUGUCUCGUGCAGGUUUUGCUUAUGAUGGUGCAUCUUCCAAAUCCUUGAAGUGUACUUGAUGUUUUCAAAAGUUACACGGGAAUGUUUGGGAAGCUAAGCCGGGGCAAGCAGCUGUGAAUCUCAGUACCUUACUGUGAUUCUCUGAAUAAAAAAAUGUGUACUUUU